CUGACAGGAGACACCUGUGAAAUAAUAAACUUCAACUUCAGAUUCCGGUAGAGAAUUAUAAGAAUUUUUGGUAUUCAAUCAAAUUAGGGCACUGGAUCGAAGCAGGAAUACAUCUCAUUAUCCUCCCCAUGCCAUGGGUGGUUGCUCCUCCUCCCUUCCAGCAGGUAGCACACCGGAGCAUUUAGGAGGGGAUAAUGCUGGACUGAGCGACUUGACCAGAGGCUUUCGGGUGAAGCUAGUGUUAUUAGGGGAUUCUGGUGUUGGAAAAAGUUGUAUUGUUCUUCGUUUUGUUCGUGGACAGUUUGACACAACAUCUAAGGUGACUGUUGGAGCUUCGUUUCUGUCUCAGACUAUGGUUUUGCAAGAUGCUACUACUGUCAAGUUUGAAAUAUGGGACACUGCUGGCCAGGAGAGGUAUGCAGCAUUGGCUCCACUUUACUAUCGAGGAGCAGCUGUUGCGGUUAUUGUGUAUGAUAUAACCAACCCAGAGUCAUUUAGUAAAGCACGUUUUUGGGUUAAGGAGCUACAGAAGCACGGAAGCCCCAAUAUUAUCAUGGUUUUGGUGGGUAACAAAGCCGAUCUUCAUGAGAAUCGGGAAGUAUCCAUUCAACUAAGUAUGCUUUUGUUUGAUCUCGAUAUCAAAUUCAUCAAUUCAAGCUACCUUCAGAUAAUAUGUAGCGAGUGUUCUGUAGCAAAACAACUGAUAACAUUACGCGUUCUGCUUAUGAAGGAUGCCAUAGACUACGCAGAGAAAAAUGGCAUGUUCUUCAUUGAAACAUCUGCAAAAACAUCAGAUAAUAUUCAUGAACUAUUCGAGGAGAUUGCUAAACGGCUGCCCCGGAGGCCGAUUAUGUGACUAAUGGCAUCUCUCCUUGUCUUUCUCUGUGCUUACAGUGAUGCAAUCUUAAACUUUAUGGAUUGUUUUCAGCAAUAUAUGUAGCAUCCUAACAAGUAACAACCAGAUAAGCCGACUUGAUUUAUAAUAUGAACAGCACAACAGAUGUGGUAGAAACUGCCACUUGAAGUUUUAUGUUA